GACAAGUCGAGAUCAUACUUCUUACACUAAACCAUGAAACAGAAGCUGGAAAUUGUAGCCCUGGUCCUGGGCUUCUUUGGCCUAUUUGGGACAAUUGCUGUUACAGCUCUGCCUACCUGGAAGGUCUCUGCCUUCAUUGGGGCUAAUCUUAUAGUCAUGGAGGAACUGUGGGAAGGCCUGUGGAUGACCUGCUACCGACAGAUUAACAUCAAGAUGCAGUGCAAGGUCUACGACUCACUAUUGAGUCUCCCAGCUGAGCUGCAGGCGGCCAGAGGAUUCAUGUGUGUCUCCAUCGCCCUGGUUUUCAUUGCCUUGAUUGUCGCAGCUUUUGGAAUUCAGAAGAGCAACUGUUGUGGUGACAACAUGAAGAGCAAAAACAUCAUUCUGGCCGUCGGGGGAUGUUUGUAUCUGAUUUCAUUUCUGACCACACUCAUUCCUGUCAGCUGGGUGGGCCACUCGAUUAUCAGGCAGUUCUACAAUCCAACUGUGCUGGACGCUGAGAAACGAGAGAUGGGACAAGCCAUCUUCAUUGGCUGGGGAACUUCUGGUGUGUUACUGGCCACUGGAAUCAUCCUGCUCAUCAGAUACAGCCAACGAAGAUCCAAAGAAGACCAUGGUGUAUACAUUAUGGAGGAAAAGAGUGCCAUCAAAGAGGACAGUGUAUAUCUCGCCGAGACAGGAUCCGGCAUGCAUAAAUUUCAAGAAUAUGUGUAAAUAAUUGUUAAUUUUUGCCUUCUGCUAAAUGUAUUUAUUUGCAUUUAAAAAUUACAAUGUGUAGCCUAAGGAAAACUUAACAAGCUGAUUUGCACAUACUUGUCAAAAUUAAGGGCUUUAGUGACUUAGAGGUCUGGCUACUUUACUACAAGCGGUACUGGUAACAAAUGUUCUUUACCAUUCAACCAAUUUUGCACAUAAAAAGUAUUCAUUUAUUAAGCGUAUUUGUUCUUUUAAUUUAAUUUUUAACAAAUGCACGCAUGUCCUUGAUGUUUUGUGCUCUAAUAAACUAAUUUU